AAUGACUGAUAUACAGUAUGUAGCACUGAUGGUAUCAACUGAUGGUGACUGGGGGAUGAAGAAAUACAACAAGGAUGUGUGCGGGUGCAUGUUGGUGGAGAUGGUUAUGAAUCUGACACAUAAACACGAACUUUAGGUGUGAUUAAGUGAUUACUAAGGUAACAUGUGCUGACUGAGCAAGCCUCUCUCAUGUCACUGUACCAUUUUGACAGCACAUGAUCGCUGUCUAGUUGCCAUUCUGCAACGCAUUCCUGGUUGCAGGCUCCGACCCCUCGAUAGGCUCAAUGGUAUGGUCCACCUCCUCUUGACGUCAGAGCGUCUGACUUCAUAGGAUAAAUAGUGGCGCUCUGCGCCAUGAGGCUUUAGCUUAAGGAUCAAUACAUAGAGAGACCGGGGCUGUCCUUGAGAGCAGGGGAAACACAGAGGCACCGCUAGUGAGAAUAAAUACAGUUAGCUUGAUAUUAACGUCGUAACAUUUUUACAUUUCGUACCAGCAGCCGCCGUUAACGACGAUGAACGGACAAAUGAAUGGUUUCCAUAACUCCCUCAUUGACGAGGACUGCUUCUUGUUCACCUCAGAGUCUGUCGGAGAAGGACACCCCGACAAGAUCUGUGAUCAGAUCAGUGAUGCAGUUCUAGACGCCCAUCUCAAGCAGGAUCCUGAUGCCAAAGUUGCAUGUGAGACUGUUGCCAAGACUGGGAUGAUCCUGUUGGCUGGUGAGGUGACAUCUCAUGCCACAGUGGACUACCAGAAAGUUGUUCGGGACACCAUCCGCCAAAUUGGAUACGACGAUUCCUGCAAAGGCUUUGACUAUAAGACCUGCAAUGUCCUUGUGGCCUUGGAGCAGCAGUCUCCUGACAUUGCUCAGGGUGUUCACAUUGACCGCAAUGAGGAGGACAUUGGAGCAGGGGACCAGGGCUUGAUGUUUGGAUAUGCCACUGAUGAGACAGAGGAGUGUAUGCCUCUCACAAUUGUCCUUGCCCACAAGCUGAAUGCUAAGAUGGCUGAGUUGCGUCGCAAUGGCACCCUUCCAUGGCUCCGGCCAGACUCCAAGACACAGGUUACUGUCCAGUACCGCCAGGACCGUGGUGCCAUGCUUCCAGUGCGUGUGCACACAAUUGUCAUCUCUGUUCAGCAUGACGAGGAUAUUUGCCUGGAGGAGAUGAGAGAUGCCCUGAAGGAGAAAGUCAUCAAGGCUGUUGUUCCCUGCAUCUAUUUGGAUGAUGACACCAUCUACCACCUGCAGCCCAGCGGGAGAUUUGUUAUCGGAGGCCCACAGGGUGAUGCUGGCCUGACAGGGCGUAAAAUCAUCGUUGACACUUAUGGAGGCUGGGGAGCCCAUGGUGGUGGUGCCUUCUCUGGGAAGGAUUACACAAAGGUGGACCGCUCUGCUGCUUAUGCUGCACGCUGGGUGGCCAAAUCUCUGGUGAAGGCUGAGCUCUGCAGGAGAGUGUUGGUCCAGGUGUCCUAUGCUAUCGGAGUUGCCCAUCCCCUCUCAAUUUCUAUCUUCCACUACGGGACCUCCCACAAGAGUGAGAGAGAGCUGCUUGACAUUGUGAAGAGGAACUUUGAUCUUCGUCCUGGAGUCAUUGUCAGGGAGCUGGAUCUGAAGAAGCCCUUGUAUCAGAGGACCGCAGCCUAUGGCCACUUUGGCCGAGACUCCUUCCCAUGGGAGGUGCCCAAAAAGCUCAAAUACUAAACAUGUUAAGCUUUUCCCCCCAGGCUUGUUGGUGUAUACUACAGAGAAGCCUCCAAGGUUCCGGGUGGUGAAAUGCCCUUAUAGCUCUCAUAAUAAUGGUAUCAUUUAACACAUGACUCCCUUCCUCACUCCAUCUCCCUCCUUUGUUUUGUUAAUGUUUUCUGCUGGUUGCAGUAUCAUACUGGGUCAUAGGCAGCAUGCCUCAGAAACUUGAUGUUUAAAGAAUUGGAUGGGUUCCAUGAACUCAUGCACCAUAGUACUUCAUGUUCUCCCAUAGCUUAAAGUUCCCCUGCUUCUCGUUGUGAUAGACCGUGUGUAGCUGCGUUCAGUUGUUCUCCUUUUGGCAUUCCACACUCGUCAAUAUCGUCAGUCUUGUAUUCAGUGUAAUGGCGGUAGCAUAUUAGGCUAUAUGCGAUACCCCUCUUAAUUUACUGGUGCUACUGAUGUAAGGAGUCUGUGCAACAUAAGAACACUUUCAAGUCCAUUUAGAAGCAUAAUUUGAUAGUUGGAGGGUCCUCUGAUCUGGCACCUUCCCAAACAAGUUUAGCUUCUAUCUAAACAUUCCUCCUGUCAAUCUGGUACAACUAUUCCCUGACCCAGUGUUCUUUAUCUUUUUUUUUUUUUGGUUAUCUUUAUUCCCUUGUCUUUUUGGAGGAUGCUAGAAUGGCAAAAUUAAGCAUUGCUGUUUUCACAAAAAUGCUAUGCAUUGCAGGCUAAGGGGUGAGCAAAAUCCUAAUUAUUCAUGCUCUCAAAUGAGCAUAAAGCCUCAGAUACCCCUACAGACCUUUGCUGUUUUCUGACGUAAUACAGAAAAGUCAGAAGCUGCUAUGUCACUGCUCUGGUCUGCAGAGGUGUCGGUUAUACUUGAUAGCGAUGGAAAAAUUGGAUUGUUUAUGCAUUUAAAUUCAGUUUUUUAUAGGAGUCCUUUUUAAAUGUAGUUUAACUCUCUUUUUUAUGGUUUGAAGUGACUAAAGGCCCUUUUACUCCUUAAGUAUAUUGAUUGCAGGUGUAGCUACAGAGAAACCUGGUUCCCAUCUUUAUCCUCAAAGGAGUGUGGUCGUUGCCACAGAGUCGUAUUGGCUAGGACUCAAACCUCAACACUAUUUAUUUGUUCUCUGAAACUCGGCGUGGAUACAGAGAAGCCAAUGUUUCAGAAGGCAGCUUUAAACACACUCGGUUAUUGAAUCUUGAAUUCCUUUUGACUUGAUCAUUUUUUUAGUGUUUGGCUUAAGGCUCCAGAGUGUUGUACAGAAAAGCUUUGGUCUGCCUCAACUGACUACUGUUAAUGACUAUUUUACAACUUUUUUUAUUUUAUUUUUUUCCCUCUUGACUGUAGAUCUUAUUUUUUUGGGGGGGGGCUGUGUGUUUAGUUUUAAAAUCCCAUUAAAAUGCCUGGUGCAAUUCUUUGGCGCUUACCUAUCCCCAUUAAUGGAAUGGCAACAUUUGGUUGGUGUAGUACAGAGAAACCAAUCUUGUUUACAAGGCCAUCCCAUGUGUGGGAUAGUUUUCAAAUUUUUGGUUUUGUUCCAUUUUACCACUCGAGGUCAUCCUGUUGGUUACAGUAAGUGUAAGAGUGCCUUUUCUAUUUCCUCUACUACCCAUUUGCUUUUACCCCCUUUCCUGCCAACAUGCUUUAAACUUCCAGAGGAACAAGUAGCUCAUACUGUAUUAUGCUUCAUGUCUAGACUGGGUAGUUUCCUUAUGCUCUGUAAUAAACAACUACUCCUUUCAAA